GCCAUGUAUGAGACGAAGUGUAAUCGUAUGCGUCAGUCAUAAAUGCGUAGAGCAUUGCACCUUCUUGCACCGGUUGUGAACGGCCCACACGGUUUGUAACGAGGGCCGGUGGGACAAUGGCGUCACAUUGCAUCUUUAUCUGGGAGCCCAUCGCAACGCCUUUACGACACCAUAUCCCAGGGCCACAAAAUAAAAGCUCGGGCCUCUGAUAGCGGCAGUUCAUGCUCUCGACGAGAACCCCGAGGGACUAACCAAAACAGGAGGAUGCAAGCGCUCACACUCGCCUUGGCCGUCGCCUGUACAGCACUGCUGCAGCAAUCCCAGGUUCAGGGUCGGUUCUGGGGCUGCCCGCCGGUGGAUCUUAAAGAUGACAACGUUACCUACAUACCCAACCCGUUCAACUGCUCCACUUUCUUCCAAUGUGUGCAGGGUACACCGGUGCUGAUGGAGUGUCCACCGGGUCUGCAUUUCAGCGAGUUAUUAAACGUAUGUGACUGGCAGUGGAGGGCACAAUGCACUGAGUUGCCUCGUCCUCCCGCGAUAAGACCUAGACCAAAGAUCAUAACACCCGAGGAAACAACAACAACUGCACCAGAACCUGAAGAUGUUCAGACUGAAAAGAUAAUAAUUAAGAAGGUUGUCAAGGAAAUCAUUAGGCCAACUGAUCCGCAGACCACCUCUGAAACUGGUCAUGUUUCUGAGCCACCAAAGGAACCCGCUGUUGAGCCUGUGAAAGAACCGGCUAAGGAACCCUCUAUAGAACCCCCUGCAAAGCCCGAAAAAGAACCCGCUGGAGAACCUGCCGAAGAACCUGCCGCGGAACCGGCUGAGCGACCAGCCGCGGAGCCUGCCAAGCAACCGGCUGCUGAACCAGCUGAGGAACCCUCUGCCGAACCCGCUGCCGAGCCCGCUGCCGAACCCGCUGCUGAGCCAGCUGCAGAACCGGCCGCUGAGCCAGCUGCUGAACCUGCUUCUCAACCGGCUACUGAACCAGCUGUUGAACCAGCAGCUGAGCCAGCUUCCGAACCCGCUGGGGAACCCGCUGCUGAACCAGCUGUACCUACUGCUGAACCAGCUGCUGAACCGACCGCCGAACCCGCUGCUGAACCUGAAGAAGUUCAGACUGAAAAGAUAAUAAUUAAGAAGGUUGUCAAGGAGAUCGUUAGGCCAACUGAUCCGCAGCCCACCUCUGAAACAGGUCAUGUUUCUGAGCCAGUAAAAGAACCCACCGCUGAACCAGCUGCUGAAACCGCUGCAAAACCCGCUGCCGAACCUGCGGCCAAACCCGCGGCCGAACCCGCUGCCGAACCCGCUGCCAAACCCGCUGCCGAACCCGCUGCCGAACUCCCUGCUGAGCCGGCUGCUGAGCCAGCUGCUGAACCGGCCUCUAAACCAGCUUCUGAACAGGCUGCUGAACCCGCUGCCGAACCCGCUCCCGUACCCGCUGUGGAACCCGCCGUGGAACCCGCUGUGGAACCCGCUGCUAUACCAGCUGCUGAACCAGCUGCUGAACCAGCUGCUGGACCAGCUGUUGAACCAGCCGCCGAACCCGCUGUUGAACCUGUUGCUAAACCCGCUGCUGAGCCGGCAGCGGGACCGGCCGUUGAGCCCCCUGCCGAACCAGCUGCUGAACCCGCUGCUGAGCCAGCUGCAGUACCUGCAGAAGAACCUGCCGCUGAACCAGUCGCUCAGCCUUUCGGAGGACCGACUUCAGACGCAGAUGCCAAACCAGCUCCUGAAGAACAGGAUGACGAAGUCGUUAGCAUCGACGCUAAACCAGUCGCAGUCAGCUACUACGACGAUGCAGUGUAGCUUUCUAAUUCAAUAAAUGCCUGACUUCUGGGUUCCACUUUUAAUUUAAUUCCUAUUGCCUUGUUCGCUUUUAAUAAAACAAAUACCAGCAGUAACUGCGGA